CAUGAUUUGAUGUAGAGGUAGCGGCCCAUUACGAUCAAGAUGGGCGUGGCAUAACGGCACGCGGGCACAAUGAUUUGAGGCGUGACGAUAGGCGUAGCGUAACGGUCGGGUGUCGGCGCUAGGGGAAGUCAACGGCCGACGACUCCAGCAGCUGUACGGCUCGUCUUGGCGAGGAGGGAGAAAGAGGGGUACAGCAUGCUUCUCCGUCCGGCCGCCUCUCGUCGCGUUUUUUAGUUUUACGACGACGUUGUGAUCGUUGAUUAGAGGAAAAUGGUGAUUGAGGCCGCUUAAACAUCGAUGCUAGAAAGAAAUGCUCGCCCGCGACUGAAUGAACGAGGAGUACUCUUUCUAGUUUAAGGUCACAUAAAACCUGGUGUUGGAGCUCGAUCGCUGGGGUUUUUGCUGUAGGUUCGUCGGCACUUGGCCGGAGGGAAGGGCAGUUUCUGGAGAUCGGUGAUCAAGAGUGGAUCUUUAGAUGGAGUGGAGGGAGAUUCGGCGAAGCGUGACGCUGUCGGAGCAAUUAUCCAUCAAUGAUUCAUCUAGUCUCGGAGACCUCCUAAAGCUACGGGAGGAGGAGGAGGCGACGCGCCUCUCCGGCCGCGAAUCGUUGACGCUGGAGUCGGUUAUCAGGUGCGAAAAGGGGGAAUAUUCUGCCGCCGGUGGCGGACAUGACGCCAGCGGAAGGACGCUUCUCGGUGUCAUCCUACAGGAGCACGAGGCGAGUAGCGUGGCGGCGGAAGGGGACUCCAGUAACGGCGCCUCAUGGAAGACUUUGAGGGACCGCUUCCGCCUCCAAAGUGACGGCGCCGCCUCCCCUGACCAGCUUCUCCCGAUCUCGAACCCCGACCCCGUCGACUCCCCUUCCCCCUCACGCUCCAACCUUAACUCAGAUCUCGCCGUCCCAGAACCCACUGUCGUGGCGGUAGAGGCCACAUCACAACCGGAAGUUCCCUCGGCCGAUUCGAGCGGUGCUGCGGUGUCGCCAAUCCCAGCUGCUGUGCCCGAGGAGGAGGCAGAGGAGCCGGCUAGAGUGUCCUUGAUGGCGUUACUGGAGCAAACCGACCGUCAAUGGAGCGGAAGCGAGAGGGAGAGGUUACCCAUGGCGGCAGCCGCGGUGGAGGCGGUGAUGGAGGCCGAGGCCGAGAGCGGCGGCGGGGUCAUGUCGUACAUGUGCUGCGUGUGCAUGGUGAGACACAAAGGAGCCGCAUUUAUUCCCUGCGGCCACACCUUCUGCCGCACCUGCUCCCGCGAGCUCUGGAUCAGCCGUGGCAGCUGCCCUCUCUGCAACCGCGAAAUCCUUGAGAUCCUCGACAUCUUCUAAGUUCUAAUGCCUCCUCCCAUUCUCCUGACUCCGGCCGCAGACACAACUCCGCCCAUCACUCCUUUCUACAGUCAUGUCUAAUAUGAUGUUGUCGUUCCCUUAGACGGUGCAGUGAUUAAGUCAUAGAUUUUAGAUCAAAACUUGAAGUGUCUUAGACUAAUAGUUAUUCUUAAUUUACUUACUCAAUAUUAAUCUAGAGAUGAAUUGACAGGGUGCUAAAGGUGAAGGUGGAACAUAAUAUGAUGUUAUUGUAAGGGCAGGGUGUCACGAUUAAAGCCUUCCAUGAUAGAUCAGAAAUCUAAAUUUCAAGACUCAACCAGUAAAUCUCAGAAUCUGACUGUCAGGAUAGAUAUGUACUUUCUACCUAUGGAAAACUUUACUAAGACAGAUCACCUAGGUUCAACGCUUAA